AUCUCCGCACGUGUUUACACGGGUAUCCCCGUAUACGUCCACAGUCCAAUACGUAUAGUUCAUCCCCAAUCUAAAUGGUAUGGGUUUGAACGAAUACCCGUUUUUCCCGGUCCACUGACAUCCCUAGUCUUGAGGUGUUUUUAGAUGCAAGAGUGGUUUUCUUUCAAGGUUUGGGGAGUCAAUUGAGAAAUAAUGUUAUUAGAUUGAAUUAGUAAAUAAUUUGCUGGAAUUUUUCACGUAAAUGAGUAAUGCAAUGAAUUUUAAGUCAAAUUAUUGUCUCGUGUACUGCUGUCCUUUCUUCAAUUGUCACCCUGACUGUUUUUUUCAUUAACAUUUUUUUCCCUGUAAUACACUAAUACUACAGAAGAAAGGAGAAAUACAUGUUUUGGAUCUCUUGAUUUAGUGUUUCAAAGCAAAAGUUCAAAAUCUUUUGAAUGUUUGUGCCAAAUCACAAGUCGGUUUUUUUUUUUUUUUUUUUAUUUUAUAUGGUUUUUUGAGUUAGUUACCACUUACCGAUCUCAUACCCACCUCCUGAGACAGUCUUUGCCAUAUUGGUACUGGUGUCUAUUGCUGUGAAGAUUAGUCAGUCAUCUUUUAUUUCUUUCCACAUGAUAAAUAUAUAGGGUGAGAUAGGAGCUCCAAGUUUCCUUUACACGAUGGGUCUCACUGAUUUUGCAUGGACAUGGGACAUAGACAUGAUACAACACAUUAUCAUCUGCCUGAAAACUAAUUUGCACAGAGAUAGCCUGUCUUCGGACAUGCUAUUAAUAGGGGUGUUGAAGGUUGUCUUCUUCAUUAUUGUGUCAAACAAGAAUGUGGUUCGUCUUAAGAAGUCUUUAUGCUUUACAUGGUACGCGAUGAUGCUUCAGUGGUAGUUCACCUCUCUGUGGGCAACUGUGUGAGCAAAGAUGAUUUUCGGGACAUUCUUGCUUUUGAAAUACCUUUUGUGUGUGUGCUUUAGUUUUUUUUUUCCCAUUUCUUUCUUUCUUUCCUUUUUUUUUUGAAAACUCUUAGUGGUAACAAGAUAAAAAUCACCGAGAAGGGGAAGGGUGAAGAGUAACAAGCUGACAUAAGGUGGUGAAUCUUUUAUUCGAAUAUUUCUGAGUAAAUUGGAACAGUUAUUUUCUUUGGCUAAUGUUUUACAAUUUAGUUAGUCUAGUGUUAAAUUUAACUUCCAUAUUUGUUUUUUCUAUUUUUCAAACUUCUGGUACUCAUUUUAUUGUCUUUUUCCCAAUUCCAGUGAAACAUAUCGUUAUUUUGAUCUCCCGUUCUGUUCUCCAGGUGAUGUGAAAGAUAAAAAGGAAGCUCUUGGUGAAGUGCUGAAUGGAGAUCGUUUGGUUAGUGCCCCCUAUAAACUCGACUUCUUAGUUGAUAAAGACACCGAAGUUGUUUGCAAGCAGAAGCUGACAAACGAACAAGUUGCUCAGUUCCGAAGUGCUGUCAAGAAGGACUACUACUUCCAAAUGUACUAUGAUGACUUGCCCAUCUGGGGUUUCCUAGGGAAGGUUGAUAAGGAAGGCAAAGAUGACCCCAGCGAGUACAAAUAUUACCUAUUUAGGCAUCUUCACUUUGAGAUCCGUUACAAUAAGGAUCGUGUGAUUGAGAUUAAUGCACGAACUGACCCUAGUUUGCUUGUGGACCUUACGGAAGAUAAGGAAGUUGAUGUGGAAUUCAUGUACUCCAGCAAGUGGAAGGAAACAGACAUUCCUUUUGAGAGUAGGAUGGACAAGUAUUCUCAGUCUUCGUCGAUGCAUCAUCACUUGGAGAUCCACUGGUUCUCAAUUAUCAACUCAUGUGUAACGGUUCUCCUCUUGACUGGUUUUCUGGCCACAAUUCUCAUGCGAGUUCUUAAAAAUGAUUUUGUCAAAUAUGCCCAUGAUGAGGAGACAGCCGAUGACCAAGAGGAAACUGGCUGGAAGUACAUCCAUGGUGAUGUUUUCAGGUAUCCGAAGUACAAGUCCUUGUUUGCUGCAGCCCUUGGUUGUGGUACCCAGCUGUUUGCUCUUGCCAUAUUUAUCUUUAUUCUCUCGCUGGUUGGCGUAUUUUAUCCAAAUAACCGGGGAGCUCUUUUCUCUGCACUCUUUGUCAUAUAUGUGCUUACAUCUGGUAUAGCAGGCUAUACUGCAACCUCUUACUAUCACCAGCUUGAAGGAACAAAUUGGGUGAGAAACUUGUUAUUGACUGGAUGCCUGUUCUGUGGACCACUGUUUCUGACAUUCUGCUUCCUUAAUACUGUUGCAAUUGCUUACGGUGCCACUGCUGCAUUGCCAUUUGGUACAAUAGUGGUUAUAAUUCUUAUAUGGACUCUGGUGACAUCUCCUUUGUUAGUAUUUGGCGGGAUUGCAGGAAAGAAUAGCAAGGCUGAGUUUCAAGCUCCUUGUCGCACCACCAAAUAUCCCAGAGAGAUCCCCAUGUUGCCUUGGUAUCGUGGAACUCUUCCUCAGAUGGCAAUGGCUGGCUUUCUGCCUUUCAGUGCUAUCUAUAUUGAACUUUAUUACAUAUUUGCAAGUGUCUGGGGUCAUAAGAUUUACACCAUAUACAGCAUUUUGUUUAUAGUCUUCAUUAUUCUCCUAAUUGUCACUGCAUUUAUCACGGUGGCAUUGACAUAUUUUCAACUUGCUGCUGAAGAUCACGAAUGGUGGUGGAGGUCUUUCCUUUGUGGUGGAUCCACUGGUUUGUUCAUCUACAGUUAUUGCUUGUAUUACUACUAUGCUCGAUCAGAUAUGUCGGGAUUUAUGCAAACCUCAUUUUUCUUUGGUGCGAGUAGAGUCAGAUGGUUGGUCGUCUAUGUGAAGAAGCGUUGUUCAGGUGCACCGUUCGAAGAAAGUGCAUUUUACACGAUUCACAGAUUUUGGUUAGUUUCAGUGGAUAAAAUGGACCAAAUAGGAUGUGGAAAGCACGCUCCCCCUUGUGUUUGUGACUCGAUACUUGAUGAUAACGUAGUUUAG